UGCUGUAAGUCGCGGGAGCAGCCUGGUCGUUCGGGGCCUGUGGUGCCAUGAUCCGGAACGGGCACGGGGCGGCCAGCGCUGCUGGGCGGGGGGCCCCGGCGGGCCGGCGCGCCGUGCGGGUGUGGUGCGACGGCUGCUACGACAUGGUGCACUAUGGCCACUCCAACCAGCUGCGCCAGGCACGGGCCAUGGGGGACCACCUCAUCGUGGGUGUGCACACUGACGAGGAGAUUGCCAAGCAUAAGGGGCCACCAGUGUUUACCCAGGAGGAGAGGUACAAGAUGGUACAGGCCAUCAAGUGGGUGGAUGAGGUGGUGCCCGCUGCUCCCUACGUCACCACGCUGGAGACACUGGACAAGUACAACUGUGACUUCUGUGUUCAUGGCAAUGACAUCACGCUGACAGCAGAUGGCCGAGACACCUAUGAGGAAGUGAAGCAGGCCGGGAGGUACAGAGAGUGCAAGCGUACCCAGGGUGUGUCCACCACAGACCUCGUGGGGCGCAUGCUGCUGGUCACCAAGGCCCACCACAGCAGCCAGGAGAUGUCCUCCGAGUACCGAGAAUAUGCCGACAGUUUUGGCAAGCCCCCUCACCCGACACCUGCCGGGGACACACUUUCCUCAGAAGUCUCCUCCCAGUGCCCUGGGGGUCAGAACCCCUGGACAGGAGUGUCCCAGUUUCUACAGACCUCCCAGAAGAUCAUCCAGUUUGCUUCUGGGAAGGAGCCCCAGCCUGGGGAGACAGUGAUCUAUGUGGCCGGUGCCUUUGACCUGUUCCACAUCGGGCACGUGGACUUCCUGGAGGAGGUGCACAAGCUGGCCAGGAGCCCCUACGUCAUUGUCGGCCUCCACUUUGACCAGGAAGUCAACCGGUACAAGGGCAAGAACUACCCCAUCAUGAACCUGCACGAGCGGACCCUCAGCGUGCUGGCCUGCCGGUAUGUUUCAGAAGUGGUGAUUGGGGCGCCGUACUCCGUCACAGCAGAGCUCCUGGGUCACUUCAAGGUAGACCUAGUGUGUCACGGGAAGACGGAAGUUGUGCCUGACAGGGAUGGCUCUGACCCCUAUCAGGAGCCCAAGAGAAGAGGCAUCUUCUGUCAGAUUGACAGCGGCAGUGACCUCACUACAGACCUGAUUGUGCAGAGGAUCAUCAAGAACAGGUUGGAAUAUGAAGCACGGAAUCAGAAGAAAGAAGCCAAGGAAUUAGCCUUUCUGGAGGCCAGGAGGCAGCAGGAGGCACAGCCUGUGGGCCACACUACCUAGCUUCUGGCCUGGAAGGUGCCCUUCUCGCCCUCGUCCUGGGCCCACCUCUUCUCUCCCCGCCCCGCUCUGCUUCUGUGUCUCGGCGCCAGCUCGCACACUUCGGAAGGAAGCCGGCCUUGCUGGAGGGUGCUGUUUCCGCCUGCCUGGGGGUGCCCAUCCUGCCGCAGACCCCCAGCCCCUCCACUGAGCUGCUCAGAGCCAGUGGCAGCACAGGGAGGCAGCCCACGAACAGGACAGGCAGAAGGUGCCCAUGACUGAAGGAGUGUUGCCACGUGUCCUUGGCAUCACGGGUUCCAAUCGCCACUGCCCCCGUCUUGGCCGGGGACACCCUCCUGCCUGAGUGGAAGCUGAGUAUCUGCCCACCCAGCCUUGGUGAAACGAACACAGGGAUAACUUUGGGGCCCUCUUGUCCUGGGUCACCCUGCAAGUGGGCACCCUCUACCUUGGGGCACGUUCUAGUCCCUGGUUCCUAAAAGAUGGCCCCGACCGGCUGGGCCAGCAUGGCUGUCCUCUGCACAGACUUCCUGGUUCAUUUUGUGCCUCAGUGGCUGCUGUAAAUCUCUGUGGCUCAAGUGAAUAAAGCCUGUGCGCUCCUGGCCCUGGUAA